ACGUUUAUAGCCCGUGAGUGUGCCUCGCCUUUAGGUUGUUUUUACAAAGAGGUCGGCGUUGGAAAUUGGUUUGGUAUGAGAAACGAGGGGCGAACAGAGCAGCUGCCAUGUUCUGGGAGGCUGUGAGGGGAAGACCCGUGGACAGAAAUUUCAGCUCUCUCUCUAGACCUAGCUAGCAGUCCCUACUACCAUAAUUGGGGUGUGACAAAUACUCAUGGAGAAACCAGUACCAGUGGGAAAAGUUGAGAAUGCGGUUGUCAAUGGCAGUGAUCCAUGUCAGGACCAAGAGAUUGACUCGUGUCCACCCCAGACUGGCUACAGACACAGCAUCUGGAGGAGUGUGUUGUUCUAUGCACUGGUAGUAGUUCCAGCUGGACUGGGGUUGUUACUGGCAUACUGGUUCCCUGCUGUCUGGCUGAGGCUGACCGCGUACCGCUGCCCUCUUGGCUCUGCCUCCAGGGUCAUCGUCAAGGAUUUGGAUGGCAACAAAUGUGUGGAGGUUGUAAAGACUGCCAUUCUCCCUGGCCACACCCACCAACCAAUCAGAAUAGGCCACACGUGUGUGGGGCUGAAAGAGGUGUGGUCAGGGGGUGUGGUCAGAUACCUGAUACACCGACAUCUCCGCUACUUGUACCAACCGUCUGUUGGGAAGUUUGUGUUGCUACGGGGACUGGAUGAUGGCCACACCUCUUCCGCCCUCCACGGAAUGAGGGGUGGGCUCUCAUUAGAACAGCACUCUAAGAGGGCGUGUCUCUAUGGUGAGAACUCUAUUGACGUGCCGGUGAAGCCAUACCAUGUUCUGCUGGUGGAAGAGGUUCUCCAUCCAUUCUACGUUUUCCAGCUGGUGUCUGUCGUAUUCUGGAUUGUGGAGCAGUACUACUACUACGCCGGUGCAGUGUUCCUCAUCUCAUGCGUGUCAGUGAUUAUCAGUCUGCUUCAGACAAGACGCCAUCUUCAGCAGAUCCACGACAUUGCCUUCUCCUCUACCACUGUGUCGGUGGUCAGGGAAGGUAGAGAAAUGUCAGGUGUCUCCAGUUCAUCCCUCGUACCAGGAGAUGUGUUGGUGGUUCCUCCAUCAGGGCUCUUGUUGCCGUGUGACGCGGCACUCCUGACUGGACAGGCUAUCGUCAAUGAGGCAAUGUUGACUGGAGAGAGUGUUCCCGUUACCAAGACACCUCUCCCUCCCUCCUCCCUUCACUACCUCCCCUCUUCCUCCUCUCACAAGAGACACACACUCUUCUGUGGCACUCAGGUGGUCCAGACUCGUUUCUAUGGAAAUGAGAGGGUGUUGGCAGCCGUGGUGGGGACUGGAUUCUCCACUGCCAAAGGUGGCAUGGUACGAUCCAUUCUGUUUCCACGGAAACUAAGUGUCAGGUUCUAUGUGGACGCCAUGAAGUUUGUCCUUCUUCUGUCAAUCCUAGCUGGCUGUGGAUUCAUCUACACUCUGGCCAUCAACUUUUAUUUCAAGUUUCAGGUGAAGGACACAAUUCUGCGAGCCUUUGAUGUGAUAACCAUUGCGGUGCCGCCAGCCUUGCCUGCUGCUCUCACUGUCGGCAUCGUGUAUGCCCUCGCAAGACUGCGCAAGAACAACAUCUUCUGCAUCAGUCCACAGAGAGUGACGUUGGCUGGGAAGGUGAAGUUGGUGUGUUUUGACAAGACAGGUACACUCACAGAAGACAGUCUAGACCUCCUUGGAGUACAGCCUGUGGUGGCAGGAAGUUUUACCAGUGGACUGUGCAGUGCCCGUGACCUGCCCCAGUGUCCCCUCCUCUACGCCAUGGCAACCACUCAUUCCAUAGCAACCAUCAACGGGAAGUUGACUGGUGACCCUAUUGACCUCAAGAUGUUCCAGGGGACUGGCUGGGUACUGAGGGAACCUCCCCCAGGAUCAUUUGAUACUCUGACCCCCACAAUUGCAUGCCCCCCGAAGGGUGGGGGCGGGGAGAUCCUGGGAUCAGAAGUCGAGUUAGCUCAACUCCGAAUGUUCACUUUCUCCUCUGACCUCCAGAGAAUGAGUGUCAUUGUGAGAGUGGCUCCGACCUCUGACCCCAAACAGCUGCAUGUCUUCUGUAAAGGAGCUCCUGAGACAAUCUGCCAACUGUGUCGUCCAAACUCCGUUCCAGGGGAUUUCCCCGAGGUUCUUGGUUCGCUGACUCAGCAGGGUUACCGCGUGUUGGCCGUGGCUCACAGGCCGCUGCACAUGGCCUGGCACAAGGCUGAGAGGGUGAAGAGGGAAGUAGUGGAAUGUGAUCUGAGGCUGGCUGGUCUGGUCGUGAUGCAGAACAGACUCAAGUCUCAAACCACUCCAGUCAUGUCUUCUCUCAGUCAUGCUGGCAUCAGAAAUGUCAUGAUCACCGGAGACCACCUGUUGACUGCGGUGUGUGUUGCUCGGGAAUGUGGGAUGAUACCCUCCACCCACAGUGUCAUCGUUGCCGAGACCACACCCACCUCGUUAGUCUCAUUCCGUGUGCUUGGGGAGGGACGAUCCCCUACCACUGAGUCAGGAGAGGAAGGGACCACUCCUCUCAUUAUCAAAGCAGGUGACCUUCAACCUCCAUUCCACAUGGCUCUGGACGGAAAGACGUUCUCAGUCUUGAGAGAAAGUUCCUCACAAGACGACUACCAGAGAGUGCUUGUGAAAGGAACUGUGUUUGCGAGGAUGGCUCCGGACCAGAAGGCUCAGCUAGUCAGAGACCUGCAGUCCAUUGGGUAUGGUGUCGCAAUGUGUGGAGAUGGAGCCAAUGACUGUGGGGCACUAAAGGCGGCACACGCAGGCAUAUCUCUAUCUGAGACAGAGGCUAGUGUGGCGUCUCCAUUCACCUCCAAGAUACCUGACAUCUCGUGCGUCCCCAUCCUCCUCAGGGAGGGGCGGUGUGCCCUGGUUACCUCAUUUUCAAUCUUCAAGUUCAUGGCUCUCUACAGCCUUGCCGAGUUCAUCACCGUCUCCAUUCUAUACUCUGUAACUAGGCAGUAUAGUAUAGUGACAAUAUUUCGAGGCAAAACCUUUACAAGAAUUUUCUGGAGUCUUUUUGACCUUAUACAUAUACCAACUUUCCAAUAACUUGUGAUGUCAUAAUGACAUCAUCAUUUCCCCAGUACGAGAGUAACCUAGGAGACUGGCAGUAUCUGUACAUUGACCUGGUCCUCGUCUUUGCCUUCUCCGUUGUCAGUAAGUUUUGUCAUGUAACAGUCACAUGACAUCAUGUGAUUCCCACUCUCAGUGGGGUACACGGGACCACACCCCCAUCUGGUGAAGAGGAGGCCCCUGGGGACAUUGGCUGGAGUACACGUCAUGCUGUCUCUGGGUCUACAGACUCUCUUGCUCAUCGUGUUCCAGAUAUCUGCCCUCCUCUACCUACAGAAACAACCCUGGUACCAGCCGUUGAACCCUGACCCUGAGUCCCGGAACAUCCGCUGUAGUGAGAACACGGUACUGUUUCAGAUCUCCAUCUUCCAGUACGUGGCUCUGGCAGUGUCUCUGUCUACAGCAGCUCCUUAUCGCAGACCACUCUACACCAAUGUAUGGUUCCUGUUGGCUCUGGGAAUUCUCUUUCCUCUCAAUAUCUACCUCACUCUAGCCCCCGCCCACUGGUGGACGUGGCUCUGGGAGUGGCUCCAGAUGAAGCCACACCCCUCUCUUUGGUUCUCAGUGGCCAUUGUAGAACUUGCUCUCUUCAAUUUCCUCAUUUCGCAUCUUCUUGAGGGCUACAUCCUACCUAGUGAGUGUGUGAGGGUUCUGCUGCGAUGGGUCAGGUGUAAGACAAAGCCUCGCAACAAAUACAAACACCUCCUCAGUUCCAUCCCACCCAACUGGCCCUUCACCUCUCAUUCAUGACUCAUGACAUGAGCUCGAGCUCAGAGCUAUAUUGUUUUUGCAUUUUUUAAUCAUGGUUGUUGCGACAAGCGCAAGAUGAAAUAGUGGC